AUGAAACCAGAAGAAACUACCGAAAAACAGCCUGAAAUAAAAGAAUUUAUCGAAGUUUCUGAAGUAGUGGAAACAAUCGAAGAAAUUGAAGAAACUCCGGAAGGUGAGAAGAAAAUUGUUCACAAAAUCAAAAAAGUGAAAAAACCAAAGGAACAGAAACCAGAAGAAUAUGUUGAACAACCCGAUGAUCAUAUAAUCGUUGAUGAAACGAAAAAACCGAAGAAAAUUAUACGGAAAAUUAAAAAACCAGGUGAAAUAAGCGAAGAAGUGUCGCCUAUGACUGAAUUUGUUGAAAUUUCUGACGUAGUGGAGACCAUAGAUAAGAUCGAAGAAACACCUGAAGGAACAAAGAAAAUCAUAAGAAAGAUUAAGAAAAUAAGAAAACCAGAAGAGAAAAUGAAAAUCAAGAAAACUGAAAAACCUAAAGACGUUGUUACUGAAGAAACAAUUGAACUUACAAAAGACAAAAAGAAGAUCGUAUUGAAAAAGCCCAAGAAGCCAGAUGAAGAAGUGACUGAAGAAUUAAAAACAGAAGUCAGUUUUGAAACUGAUACAAAAGAUAAGAUUGGAGAAAAACCAGAAGAAACAAUUGAAGAACAACCUGAGAUGAAAGAAUUUAUCGAAGUUUCUGAAGUUGUCGAAACAAUCGAAGAAAUUGAAGAAAUGCCUGAAGGUGUGAAGAAAACUAUUCACAAAAUCAAAAAAGUAAAGAAACCGACUGCACAGAAACCCGAAGAAUAUAUUGAACAACCUGGUGAUCAUGUAAUCGUUGAUGAAACAAAAAAGCCAAAGAAAAUCAUAAGAAAAAUCAAGAAACCAGGUGAAGUGACGGAAGAAGUGUCGCCAAUGACUGAAUUUGUUGAAAUUUCUGAUAUCGUCGAAACAAUCGAGCAGGUCGAAGAAACACCUGAAGGAGACAAGAAAACUGUUUUCAAAAUCAAAAAAGUAAAGAAACCGGGUAAAGCCAAACCAGAAAAAUAUGUUGAGCAAUCUGGUGAUUAUGUAAUCGUUGAUGAGACAAAUGAACCAAAGAAAAUAAUCCAAAAGCCAGGUGAAACACUGGCUGAACAAAUGAAACCGGAGAUCAGUUUCAAAUCAAUGCCAGAAGAAAAACUAUACGAAAUGACCGAUGAACAAUUAGAGAUGAAAGAAUUCAUUGAAGUUUCGGAAGUUGUGGAAACAAUCGAAGAAAUAGAAGAAAUGCCAGAAGGCGAGAAGAAAACUGUUCACAAAAUCAUUAAAGUGAAGAAACCAAAGGAAAAGAAACCUGAAAAAUACGUUGAACAACCUGGCGAUCAUAUAAUUGUAGAUGAAACGAAAAAACCAAAGAAAAUCAUCAGGAAAAUCAAGAAACCAGGUGAAGUGACAGAAGAAGUGACGCCAAUGACUGAAUUUGUAGAAAUUUCAGAUAUCGUCGAAACAAUCGAGCAGGUCGAAGAACCACCUGAAGGAGACAAGAAAACUGUUUUCAAAAUCAAAAAAGUAAAGAAAUCAAAAGAUGAAAAGCCUGAAGAAUACGUUGAGCAACCAGAUGAACAUUUAGUCGUAGACGAAACGGGGAAACCAAAGAAAAUUAUUCGAAAGAUUAGAAAAUCAGAAGUUGAAAAAGAUGAAGAAAAAGUGGCUGAAGAAAUGAAACCAAAAGUCAGUUUUGAAACUGCUUUAAAAGAUAAGCCAAUGGAAAAAUCAGAAAAAACAACUGAAGAACAACCUGAGAUGAAAGAAUUUAUCGAAGUUUCCGAUGUUGUCGAAACAAAAGAAGAAAAAGAAGAAACUCCGGAAGGUGUGAAUAAAACUGUUCCUAAAAUCAAAAAAGUAAAGAAACCAGAAAAGACAAAACCCGAAAAAUAUGUUGAACAACCUGGUGAUCAUGUUAUCGUUGAUGAAAAGAAUAAACCAAAGAAAAUUAUACGGAAAAUCAAAAAACCAGGCGAAGUAACAGAAGGUGUGAUACCAAUGACUGAAUUCAUCGAAGUUUCAAAAGUUAUAGAAACAAUUGAUGAAAUUAGUGAAAUGCCAGAUGGCAAAAAGAAAAUCAUCAAAAAAGUUAAAACGGUUAAAAAACCGGAAGAUAAAUUGACAGAAGAAUAUGAAAAGAAACCAGAUGAAAACCUCUUGUUUGAUGAUUCUGGCAAACCCAAAACAAUCAUCCGCAAAAUCAAAAAACCGGAUGAUAAAAAAGAAUCAAAAGAAGAAAAAGACUUAAAAAAGAAAAAGAAACAAUUUUUGAAACCAGAUGAAGAAGUGGCUGAAGAAAUGAAACCAGAAGUCAGCUUUGAUAAGUUAAAAGAAAAACCAGAAGAAGCGGCCGAAGAAACAACUGAGAUGAAUGAAUUCACCGAAGUUUCUGAAGUGGUAGAGACAGUCGAAGAAAUUGGAGAUACACCUGAUGGUGAAACGAAAACUGUUCAAAAAAUUAAGAAAGUUAAGAAACCAGAAAAAACCAAACCCGAAGAAUCCGUUGAGCAACCUGGUGAUCAUGUAAUCGUUGAUGAGACGAAGAAAACGAAAAAAGUCAUACGUAAAAUUCCAAAACCAGACGAAGUAACUGAAGGAGUUAUACCAAUAACUGAAUUUGUUGAAGUUUUGGAAGUAGUGGAAACAAUCGACGAAAUGGAACAAACUCCUGAUGGAGAAAAGAAAACUGUUCACAAAAUCAUAAAAAUCAAAAAAUUAGAGAAACCAGAAGAAAUUUUGGGAAAAGAAAAAAUUGAUCUUGCAAAAGACGAGAAAAAGAUUGAUUUGGGAAAAACAGAAAAGCCUGUAGAAGAAAUUGGGGAUGAAAUGAAAUCAGAAGUUUGUAUAAAAACUGAGCCAAAAGAUGAACCAAAAAAAGAACAAGAAGAAACAACCGAAAAACAGCUUGAAAUGAAAGAAUUUAUUGAAAUUUCCGAAGUUGUUGAAACAAUCGAAGAAAUUGAAGAAACUCCGGAAGGAGUGAAGAAAACUGUUCACAAAAUCAAAAAAGUGAAGAAACCGACAGGACAGAAACCAGAAGAAUACGUUGAACAAUCUGGUGAUCAUGUAAUCGUUGAUGAAACAAAGAAACCAAAAAAGAUUAUUCGAAAAAUCAAAAAACCAGGUGAAGUUACCGAUGAAGUGACACCAUUAACUGAAUUUGUCGAAGUUUCACAAGUUGUCGAAACUAUCGAAGAAAUCAGUCGAACAUCAGAAGGCGAAAAGAAAACUGUUCACAAAAUUAAGAAAGUAAAGAAACCGGGUAAAGCCAAACCAGAAGAAUACGUUGAGCAACCUGGUGAUUAUGUAAUCGUUGAUGAGACAAAUGAACCAAAGAAAAUAAUCCACAAGAUUAAGAAAUUUGAGAAACCAGAUAUUAGGAGAGAAGAAAAAAUGGAUGCCACAAAAGACAAGAAAAAGAUUGUCUUAGAAAAAUCAAAGAAACAAAGGGAAGAACUAACUAAGGAAAUGAAACCAGAGAUCAGUUUCAAUUCAAUGCCUAAGGGGCCAGAAGAAAAACUACACGAAAAGACCGAUGAACAAAUAGAGAUGAAAGAAUUCAUUGAGGUUUCUGAAGUAGUGGAAACAAUCGAAGAAAUUGAAGAAAUGCCUGAAGGUGAGAAGAAAACUGUUCACAAAAUCAAAAAAGUAAAGAAACCCGAAAAAACGAAACCCGAGGAAUACGUUGAACAACCUGGUGAUCAUGUAAUUGUUGAUGAGACGAAAAAACCAAAGAAAAUCAUUCGGAAAAUCAAAAAACCUGGUGAAGUAACCGAAGAAGUGUCGCCAAUGACAGAAUUUGUUGAAANAGUCAUAGACGAAACGGGAAAACCAAAGAAAAUAAUUCGAAAAAUUGAGAAAUCUGAAGAGCCAAAAGAUGUCUUAGUCGAAGAAUCAAUUGAACUUACAAAAGACAAAAAGAAAAUUGUUUUGAAAAAGCCCAAGAAACCUGAAGAAGAAAUCGCUGAUGAAAUGAAACCAGAAGUCGGUUUUGAAACUGCUCUAAAAGAUAAACCAGAGGAAAAACGAGAAGCAACAACUGAAGAACAACCAGAAAUGAAAGAAUUCAUUGAAGUUUCUGAAGUGGUUGAAACAGUUGAAGAAAUUGAAGAAACACCUGAAGGAGAAAAGAAAACUGUUCAUAAAAUUAAGAAAGUUAAGAAACCCGAAAAAUCCAAACCAGAAGAAUAUGUUGAACAACCUGGUGAUCAUGUAAUCGUCGAUGAAACAAAGAAACCGAAGAAGAUUAUUCGAAAAAUUCCAAAACUAGACGAAGUAACAGAAGAAGUGACACCAAUGACUGAAUUUAUUGAAAUUUCGGAAGUAGUGGAAACGAUGGAUGAGAUUGAAUCAACACCUGAUGGCAUAAAGAAAAUUAUUAAAAAGAUUAAGAAAGUAAAGAAACCAGAAAAGGAAAAACCUGAAGAUUACGUUGAACAGCCUGGUGAUCAUAUAAUUGUGGAUGAAACGAAAAAACCAAAAACAAUUAUCCGAAAGAUUAGUAAACAGGAUGAUUAUAUAAAAAAAUCAACAGAAGACAUUGUUCAGAAAGACAAAAAGAAAAUUGUAUUGACAAAGCCGAAAAAACUAGAUGAAGAAGUGACUGAGGACAUGAAACCAGAAGUUAGUUUUGAAACAAUUUCCAAAGAUGAACCCGUGAAGAAACAAGAGAAAACAAUUGAAGAACAGCCAGAAAUGAAAGAAUUCAUCGAAGUAUCCGAAGUGGUAGAAACAAUCGAAGAAAUUGAAGAAACACCAGAAGGAGAAAAGAGAACAGUUCACAAAAUCAUAAAAGUGAAAAGACCAAAAGAAAAGAAACCGGAAAAAUACGUUGAACAACCUGGUGAUCAUGUAAUCGUCGAUGAGACGAAGAAACCAAAGAAAAUUAUACGAAAAAUUAAGAAGCCAGGUGAAAUGACAGAAGAAGUGACACCAAUGACUGAAUUCGUCGAAAUUUCAGAUAUUGUUGAAACAACAGAAGAAAUCAGUCAGACACCUGAUGGUAAGAAGAAAAUUAUACGAAAAAUCAAAAAAGUGAAAAAACCUGAAGAUCAAAGAGCCGAAGAUUAUGAAAAGAAACCAGAUGAACAUUUGGUUGUUGAUAAGCAAACAGGUAAACCAAAGAAAAUUAUUCGAAAGAUAAGCAAACCCGAAGAUGAAAAAGAAUCAAUUGAAAAACAUGUCGAACCAAAACCAGAAAAAAUUCAAAUAAAACCAAAAUCCAGAAAAGAAUCACUGAUGGAAAAAGAAACUGAAAAUGUUUCACUAAAACCAAAGGAAACAUUUGUUACAAUUUCAGAAGAAAUUAUUGAUCAAACAAGUCCAUCAGGAGUUUCGCCGAAAAAAAUUCACAAAAUACGUAAAUUUCGUAAACCAAAAGAUGGUAAAAUGCCUGAAUUGAAUGAAAUUAAACCCGAAGAUAUNGAAGAAACACCAGAAGGA